AUCUUUUUACAGCUUGGCUCUCCACCACCAACCUCAUCUCUCUGCACUUCGUUACCUUUUUGGCAUCCUUAAAGGCUCCCUUUCUCACGAGUCAUGAAUCAAACCCUCGAAUCCCUACCAAAACCCUUUCUGCAGCUUAAAAAGAUUGAAGUCCUUUCUUUUCUUCAAACCAAAAAUGCGUAGAAAGAGACUGCCCAUUUUCCACAAGGUCUCUAAUCUUCUUAGAAUCUUUGUUGCCAAGAUGAGGAAACCCACCAUUCCCAAGCUUAUUCUCAUCAAGAAAUCAAGAAAGCGUAGGAGGUUCAAGCUGCUCAAGCAUUACAACGGGUUUCUUGAGGAAUACGAGUUCUCUCCUUCGAGUACCUCACUCGCUCAUCAUCCCAGGAAACAGUUCAAAUUUAGAAGCUAUAAGGACAACAUAUACACUAUGCUGUUCCUGUGUAGAUGUUUGGGUGGCUUGAAAGCUGAUCAGGGAGGGGAAGGGCGGUAUAGAUUGUCAAUGGAUAGUACUCUACCAGUUGCUACCAUCAGUACUGGAGACUUUUUGGAGCCCUUGGAUUAUUUGGUAGAUGAGGAAGAUUCAGUUGAUCAGAGGGCUGAGAGGUUCAUUGAGAGGUUCUAUCAAGAUAUGAGAUUGCAGAGGCAGGAAUCAAUCUAGCCAGUCUAGUAGUCUUAUCUCAGAAAUUUUCAUCUUUAUCUCUUUGCUUUGAUACAAUUGUUUAACGUUUUUUGUUCUCCACGUGAAAUUUUGAGACUCUGGGGAUUCUCAUUUGAUUGUCAAGUAUUAGCGUGUCUAGCUAAAAUUUUAAUCUUUGCGUUUGUGAGUGUAUUUUAAGGAAUUUGGUUCAGAUAAUAUUUACCAUUUCAUUUUUUUUGUAA